GUGGAGGAGUUGGCUUCACUGGUAAAGGAUAACUUGUACAGCAAACACCUUGUACUUUCAAUAGAAGAAACUUUUGUUAAUUUUCUUCAAGAGGAUACAAGUCAGAAGUCUCCUCAAGUAAUUGCACAUUCAAAAGUAGAACUAAUUUCAUCCAACUGUGAUGGACUGUUAGUAAAAGUAGUCGGCGAACUUUUGUCUACAUACUAAGGAUGGUUCAAAUGGUGCCUUGGAAGGACUUGAUUGUGUUGUUUUCUUCUUAUACUGUGUAGGAUAGAAUGAAUGUGACAGACAUAUUUUAAGGCACCCUUCUGCCGAUGUGGUUAAUCUACGCUUCCUAGGUGUUGGAGCAUAUUUUGCUCCUGUUUGUUCUAGUGACAUGGUUUCUAAGAAUGCAAAUCUAUUUCAAUGGAAUGGUGUUUGUCAGUGUAUGUGUCUUUUGUUAUGAUACCAAACUUUGAACUGAAACUUAGUUGAAGUUGUGGUGGUGUUCUUUCUUCUCUAUUGUUUUAAACAAUUUCCAAGUGCAAACUACAAGUUCAUACAUAAAUAUUAAAUUACAAUUUAACAUGUUAUGCAGAGCUGUUUGGCACUGGAAGAUGAUGUUUGAGAGCGAAGAGGAGGUAUCAACAGAUGACAGGGAGGCUGCACUGCCAUUGGCAGCCUUCCACUUAGGCGAAUACUCGUGAAACCGUAUCCCUAGGAGGGUAUCUCUGAUAACAUGUUGGGUUUGGGGAACUUGAAUAUUGUAUGCUAUUCAUGAAUUCAAGAUCCACAACACAUGUUAUAGAUAGAACUCAUCAAGGAUGAGAUAUUGAUAGACUGCUAGGAGGCCUCACCACCUUUGUCAGCCUCUCCCCUUAUGAGAACACUUAAGUAGCCCUAGCCAUAGGAGAGUAACUCUGACUACCUUGUUGAGUUUGGGGGAUUUGAAUAUUGUAUUAUAUUCAUAUAGUUAAGGUAGACAGCACAUGUAUAUAUAGGACCCAUCAUAAAACCCUGAACCUAUAAGAACCAAUGUGAGAUAGAAUUCACUACAACUCAUACCUAUAAUUCCUUUAAAAAUAGACGUAGAAGGUGGCCCAUAUCUACUCUCAGCAAUUUUGUGAUAUCAACAAAAAUUAUGCCCCAAAUAUGCAAAGCAUGAUCCUAAUCCUGGCGGUGCUGAAUUCUUGCUCAUUGUUAGUUUGAAUCUUUGUAUUAUGCCACUAGGGAUUAGUUCUGGUCGACAAGACAAGAAAGGAGAGGGAGGUGUCAUAUAGCAAAAAAUUGUAUAAAAAGUAUUCAGAAAAGAAUAGAAAGUUGAUCAGUCUAUAGGUCAGGCCAACUGCUUUAUUCUGCUUGUCCAGUGACCAGUUGAACUGAUACGGUAUACAUAAAAAAAGAUGUAUUGCUUGAUAAGAAACUUCCUUGUAAAACCUGGUUCUAUACUAUAUAUGAAUAAUUUCAUAGAAAGAUGAGUAGAAAUGUUUAGAAAAUCUUAUCACUUGUUACUAUUACAUAAUGCAUAGUUAUUGAUACACUACCACUGAUAUUGGGCAAUGUUCUUAUUUUGACUUGCCAUAUCUCAUGUAUGUUUUGUGAAAUAGCUUAUGUUUUUGGAAUUGUUCAUUCUAUGAAAUAUGAGUUGAAUUGUUAUAUAUAUAUAUAUAUAUAUUGAAUAUUGCAUUGAGUAAGUAUGUUGCUUUCACCAAGCAUAAUCCAAUUGUUAAUUUACCAAUGGCUGCAUAUUUGCAUCAGACUUCUAGCAAUCUAGCAGGUUUCGUAACUUGCUCUCAAAAUCCCAAACCUAAAUGGCUUGUUGAUUCAUUUAAUGUGAUGGCUUAAUGACUCCCCAUUUUACUCUUUGAGUUUUAUGCUAAUUUUGAUUACUGUGUUGUAUUAGCUCCUAGAGAACGGUAUAUUAGUACACUGUAAUGUUUUUUUUUUCUGCUUUAAUGCAGUUCUGAUGGAAUCCUAGAACUUCAACCAAUGAGUCCAUACCACCGCCUACUUUUGCAUCGACUUGCAGAUAUUUUUGGAUUUGCCCAUGAAUCUGUUGGCGAAGGGGAUGACCGCCACUUAGUGUUGGAGCGAUGUGCAGAUACCACAGUCCCACCGAUUCUAGUUAGUGAUAUACUGUUCCAGUAUGAUGAUCAACAAUCUUUGACUACUUCUGAAUUUACAAUAAGAAAAAAUGAGGCUCCUGUUUUAAAGACUGUAUGCCAAGUAUCACCUUCAACCCCACUUGAAGAAAGAGAAGCUGCUUAUAAAGCUGCUCGUGAGAGGAUUUUUUCAUUUCAUGAUGACAAUGAACAAGGUGCAAGUGUUUCAAAGUCCCGUAAUGUUCCAGAUGCUGCUAGGAGGAUGAUCGCACAUGCACUUGGUCAGAGGAUUUAUUCUACUUCCAUUCAGAAGCUUUCCCUGGAUGAAAAUGAGGGUGGAAAUACUGAUGAAUUAACCAGAGGUAACGGUGAAGGUUUAGUUGCAAAUGUAGAAAAUAAGAAAGGAUCAACUGCUUUCUCCACUGGGAAACUGCAGCUCCAUGAAAAGCUGAAAUAUAAUAGGAAUGCCAGAAACGGUAUUGAGUCGACUGAUCAUAAAUCUGUUAGCUACAACGAAGCAUACAAUGGUGCUUCUUCUUGGAAUAAAUUCCCUCCAGAUGGAAGUCGUAGAAGGAUGAUUGGUGUUGAAGAUUUGAAGAAACAACAGACUGGAGCUGCUAGGCGAAUUUUUGCCAAUGCAAUGGGUUUGCCUCCCGUCAAAGGAAAUCAGAACCUUACUCUGAAGCCAAAUGUUGGAAAUAGAGAUUCAACUAAAGAGACAUAGGGGCCAGUGAUCAUGAAGUUAAGAGAUUACUUGCUAGUCAUGAAGAACGUAAUACAAGGUAGCACUUUAUCAUGUUGGAUUGUAAUUGUUUUACCAAUGACGGAGAAACAGCUCUAAGGAUGGAAUUUCUGCAUCAAUUAUGAGGGCCUUUCAAUUCUUGAAUUAAGAAAAAAACAAGGGAAUGAAGGAUGGCCAGUGAUUUCCAUUUGGAAUAUAAGGUGUUAUUUAAUGAUUUUUUUUUUCAGAGAGGUUCCAGAAGAAAGCAUUUGCAUGUGAACCGUACGUGCUUUACCAGGGUGGCUCUGUCAGCAAGUUCCUUAAUUGUCAGACAUUACUUACCUUGAUGAGCCCCAGUUAUACCUCUGGAAGCUGGUCUAAUUAAUUUGGUCUUUGGUAGCACUGCAAUCAAAUUUAAGCGUGCAAAUAUAUGAAUAAUUAUGGGAUUUAUGGAACAGCUGCUAAUCUCUAGUCCAUAAGGUGUGCCUCAAAUAUGACGUCGCACAAAGAAUCUCAUGUUCAUUUUUUUUCCUUGGUUCAAUCAUCAUGUAUCUUUCUUCUGAAUGAAAACCUACUUGUUCCAUAAAACCUUUCCUUUGUUUUUUGUAUUCAUCAUCAUUUUCAAUAA